GGCUUCUUGCCGGUUUAUAUUCACCUCGGAAACUGUUGAGCUUGAAUUGUUCUCCUGUUAUCUUGUCAAGGACUAGUCUGAACUAAACAGAGUCUGGGUUCAAUAAAACAAUCAACAUUUCCUACAACGGCUUGACCCUCCGUAAGGCCUGUCCAAUUUCCACUGCAAAUCUACACCUACUGCUUGCAACGUGUCGUAUGUUGAAAGAGCAGGUCUGAAGGGAUCGGCUCAGUCAGGUGAGUUUCAUUUCACGUAACGUGGCGGAUGAUCGACACGUCGUUCGUAUACACGAGUCUCACUGUCCGGUUAUGGGCGCCAACGGCUCCAGGGUUUUUCUAGCACCUCUGUAAGGUGGCCUAGGAUUGAAUACUACCACACAUGAAGAGGACCGUCUUCAUAAGUCUUGCUAUAGCGAGCAGCUAUGCGGCUAGCCCUCCUGUCCAAGUCGAAUUACGGACCUCAUGGCCAGCCCCUCCUUCCACACUAGAAAUCUUAGAGGCUGUUGCGAUUGAACGACCGGAUUCGUUCUACAACCUGUUAGAUAUUGUAACAAAUCCAGAAGUCAUACCGGAUCCUCCUCCUUCAACCCCUCAGGCUCUUCACAACUUCAUUCUUAAUGCUGCUAUCGAUGAGGGCUAUCUCUCAGGUCCCGGGCUUUUGUCGUCUGUUCAAAGGGGACUCGGCCUCCAUACGGCCUCACCCAAACUAGAGACUUACUAUCAGUUCUAUGCUGACCGGAUUACUUCUCGUGAAACUGCCACUGUAUGCGAGUCUUGGGUCGACUGGUACGGAGAUGUCAUCUGUGACGUCGAAACGCUCGCAAGUAUCUUGGAUGUUGAGACAAUCGACCCUCCAGACCAUAGAUUGACUCAGUCAAGACCUCAGCUCCUCCCUUUCGAUCGCGUUCAGCCAGAUCCUUCAAGCACGCUUGAGCGACCUCCUCACACCGCCAUUCUUUAUAGUUCAAUCACCUCUCCGAGUUUCCGCACCUUGCACGAGUUGCUGUAUCGCAAGUCAACUGGACCUUCUCCUCACAUCGAAUACGUCUUCCGACCUAUUCCUGAGCCUACCCGAAACACAUCCACUAGGAGCUACCUAUCUGGCUAUGGUGUUGCACUUGAUUUGAAAAAGAUGGAAUAUCUUGCCCUGGAUGAUCGCGGCCAAAGUACAGGCCAUGAAGACGUCCGUGCGGAAGAGGGCGUCGAAUCAGUUGCUGAAUCGGAACCUAUCGUUUCCCUUCUACAACAGUAUCCCGAGAACUCCACAGCCGAUCACACUGCUGCACUGACACCUGAAGAAUUACUUCAGAUUGGCCUCCAAGUGACUCAACUAAUUUACGAUUCCGAGGAGCCACUGAGCACUCUCAAGCAACUCUCGCAGAGCUUCCCUAAGUAUGCCUCUAGCGUCGCGCGUCGUGUUACGGUGGAUACCAACUUACAGGACGAAGUAUCUUCCAACCAACUGAAGGCUCAGGGAGGGAUCAGUAUGGCUUGGCUGAACGGAGCUGUCAUUCCGGAGAAGGACAUGAACCCAUUCACACUCCUACGCCUCCUUCGCAAAGAGCGAAGUGUGAUGUCAUCUCUAGGCUCCUUAGGUCUCUCACCCAAUCAAUCCAUCACCCUCCUCACUCACAAUGCGGUCAGUCUUGCCCAAGCCGACAGCGGCGUCCUUGACGGGAUCUUUGACGCGAGUGACAGACCAGAGGGCGGCGAUGUGAUCGUCUGGUGGAAUGACUUUGAACAGGACUCGAGGUAUGCACGAUGGGGAUCCUCAAUUCACCUUUUGCUGCGACCGAUGUAUCCGGGUCAGUUCCCCAACAUCAAGCGGAAUUUGUUCAAUAUUGUCCUCGCUGUGGAUUUGUCCCAGUCGAGCAGCCUCAAUUUCAUCGCUGGCGCUGUUUCGAAUAUCAUCAAUCGCAACCUGCCCUUCCGAUUCGGUGUGGUGCCACUUGUUGAGACGGAUGAUGGAACGCGUAUGGCAAGGCUAUUCUAUUGGCUUAUCGAACACGUCGGCCGAGCAAAAACGAUGGAAUUCAUUCAACGAAUCGCUCAAUUACAAAGGCCCGCUUAUCUCAUUACGCCUUUUGUGGACUGGGACCUUGUACGCUCGGAAUUCAAGGCUUUAGUGUCAGAAAUCCCAGAAGCAUCUGAAGCUGUCGCGAAGGCCGACUUAGGCUUGAUAUUAGACACCGAUGCUGAGGAAAUUUCUGCUACGUUGGAAAAGGCUCGAACGUACGCUCGUCGCUUGGGUGCGGAUUUGGCAUCUGCGCCACAAGGACAUACAUUCGUGAAUGGGAAGCAUUUUGAUCUCGACGAUAAUUUCUUGCGGUACAUGCAAGGCGAAGUUGGACAGCAGAUGCAAUACCUACAAGAGCAGAUAUAUACUGGUGCCAUCAAUGAUGCUCAAGCUGAGAAUAUCGCGACAUACUUCUACGAUCUCCCGGAAGCGAGCAAGCGUCGAAACAAACACAUUUACCCAUCCGGCCAAAACGGUGGUUUGCGGGUACUGAGUUUGCUAGAAUUACAUGAAAGAUCUGGGUUCCCUCGUCAGACUGGAUCCUUUAUAUAUCCUCCCGGAGACGACCAAGUACCAUUGACGACAUAUGUCGUUGCUGAUCUGGAUAGUGAGGCCGGUUUGUCUCUGGUGAAGGAAGCGUUAAAGUCCAUCACUGCUGGCGGAGCAUCAAGAGUGACUUUCAUUCACAAUCCUUCCUCUGAUGCUUCCAAGGACUUCAAGCCUGAGCGUCAAGCCUCCAUAGGCCUGGGUCACUUGAUUGUCAAGGGCCUGCUAGACAAAGUACCACCUGCGCGAUUGUUGAAAGUUCUGGGCCUCGAUCAUGAAACUACUAAUGUCCCAUCUGAACAACACGUCAUCGCAUUCUAUGCCGCUCUGGAUGAUCUUUUCUCUGAAGGUUUUUUCGAAGGACGGGAAAAGUGCUACAGAGAGUAUCUCACUGCCAGUCACUUCGUGACUCGAGAUUUGAAGAUUCUCCCGGGGCAGAACGCGCUGAUUGUGAAUGGCAGGGUGUUGGGCCCACUUGCCCCGAACGACUUUUUGGCAGACGACAUCAAUGCUUUGGUAAAGUAUGAAUUACGGAAACGUGUACAGCCCGUCGUAGCAGCUUUGGAGGAUAUACUUGAAGCACUUGCACCAUCUGAUCGAGCUUCAUUCGCUGAAUUGAUCACCAUGGCUUCCUCUGUCGUUGCGUCAACUCAGCAACCAGACCCAAGCGAAGCAGGCCUAUUCAAUGCACCUCAGAAGCCGAGACGGAGGAACUACCAGCUCCUGCAAGGCGAUUUCACCAAGUUUGCUUUUGGAGAUAAUUCUACUGCUCUGUUCCAUGUCGGUAUUCUGCUGGAUCCUGUCAGUGAGGCUGCGCAAAAAUGGUCAAACAUUCUCGAAUGGUUACUCACAGAUCCAGCUGUUUACCUCGAACUUCAUAUCAAUCCUGCUCGGUAUCGCGAGCUUCCUCUCAAGCGCUUCUACCGAUAUAACCUGCCUUCAGCUCUAGUAUACGAUGACCUAGGCAACGAGCUUAACUCUAAGGUCACAUUCCGUGACCUUCCUGUGGAGCCCAUCUAUACGCUUGCCAUGGACGUUCCCCAGUCUUGGCUUGCUCGACCACGAGAAGCACUGUAUGAUCUCGACAAUAUCCAGUUGGGUGUCCUAUCGGGACCAGAAAAAGCCAAAGGUGUACAUGCGGUCUUCGAUCUUGACUAUUUGGUCAUCGAAGGACAUGCCCGUGAUAUUGCCACCAAUGCCCCACCUCGAGGAUUGCAACUGCAACUCACCAAGACUGAUGGAACUGCUAUAGCAGAUACUUUGGUUGUAGCAAACCUGGGAUAUCUCCAAUUUCGCACCAAGCCGGGUGUCUUCCGACUUGAAAUUCGACCAGGACGAGGUCGUGAAAUCUUCAAAAUGGAUAGCGCAGGCAACGAAGGUUGGGAUAGUCCAAGCGUUGAGGAAGUCGGAGAUGAGAUCACUCUGACCAGCUUCGAGGGUCUUACGCUUUAUCCACGCGUAUCACGUCUUCCUGAAAUGGAGUCAGUCGAUGUCCUCGCUGCUACGGAGGCGGCUGACAAUUCUCAAGGGAUCAUUAGUGAUGUCGUCUCAAAAUUAUCUUCGUUCUUCUCAUCGAACCCUCAAGCGCAAACCGAGAUCGCAAUAUCAAGCAGUUGUCACGCUGACAUCAAUAUCUUUACUGUUGCCUCCGGUCUUCUAUACGAGCGUUUCGCCUCCAUCAUGAUUCUCAGUGUGCUUCGGAAUACGAAGAGCUCCGUCAAAUUCUGGUUCAUCGAGAAUUUCCUGUCUCCAGCAUUCUUGGAAUUCAUACCCCAUUUUGCCGAGGCUUAUGGCUUCCAGUAUGAGCUUGUCACUUACAAAUGGCCAUCGUGGUUGCGUCAACAGAAAGAGAAGCAACGUAUCAUCUGGGCCUACAAGAUUCUCUUCCUGGAUGUUCUCUUCCCCAUGGACUUGAAGAAGGUCAUAUUCGUUGAUGCGGACCAAAUCGUUCGAACCGACCUUAUCGAGUUGGUCAAUCUUGAUCUACACGGGGCACCUUAUGGGUAUACUCCCAUGGGUGAUGACAAUGUCGAGAUGGAAGGAUUCAGGUUCUGGAAGACUGGCUACUGGAAAGAUUUCUUGCAAGGUUUGCCGUACCACAUCAGUGCAUUAUACGUGGUAGAUUUGGUCCGAUUCCGUCAGGACAUUUUGAGGUCGCAUUAUCAGCAACUCUCAGCUGAUCCUCACUCCCUUGCGAAUCUUGACCAAGAUUUACCCAACAAUCUGCAGCGCGAAGUGCCCAUUUACUCUUUGCCCGAAGACUGGCUCUGGUGCGAGACUUGGUGCAGCAAAGACAGACUUCAUAGAGCCAAGACCAUCGAUCUCUGCCAGAAUCCGCUUACCAAAGAGCCAAAGCUUGCGCGUGCUCGCCAAAUACCGGAAUGGUCUACGUACGACGCAGGGAUAUCCCAGUUUGCCCGCUCACUGGCAGACAAAGGCCUCAUACGUGCUGGUAUUGUGGCAGCAGAUGCAAACGUCCUGGCAGAGGGAGGCGUUGGAAAGGACAGUAAGAGCGAGACUGCUAGUGACAAUGUUGAGGGUGGAGGUGGACGACUUAAAGACGAGUUGUGAUCCAGGUUGGAGGAUGCGUAUGGACCUAAUUUAUUCUAUCCAUUUUGCAUAUCAGACUUUAGUGUGACAGGAACAGCCAGCAGUCCUAGCGUCUGGUUUGUCCUUCGCCUUCUUCACUCCCAACGGUGACAGAGAGGAUUUUGACUUCAGUUCAUUCAAUCUCUCACGUGUAAUCAGUACUUUGCAAGCCAUGAAGGUGAUAUCUGGUACCACGUAUAAGGUUGGAAGGCGGAGAGCUGGUGCUGGAGUUUGGAGAAAGAGGACACGAGAAUCGGCGAAAACAAAUAAUUCGUCUCUUCUCAGUAUAUAAAACGGCCCUCACUGUUCUUCGAAAAGAUGUGCGACUAUGACAGAAUACUACUAUACUAGCACUGAAUACGGUUC